UCUGCUGUACUCUUCUCAUGUGUCUCCUUUAUAAUGUUAUUGCUGUUGUCAAAUCUACGCAUCACUUUCAUUACCCUGCAGCCUCAAGGCUGCACAAUCAGCAUUCCUAACCGAUAAGCUUCCAUUUUCCAAGAUGCAGGCCUCACCCAUUUAUUCAUCCUACACAGAACGCGCUCCGACAGUCUACAUACAAGACCUUGUCCUGAGCCUUGGGACCGCAAGCACGUCCAUUAGGUAGGUAGUCUUGGGUGUGCCCAAAUCAAUUUACGAUAAAAUCCCCUUCUCUGGAGAGCUUUUAGCUAGUUGGAGAAAGAAGACCUACAUUUAUAGUCAUUACAAUUAGAGAGCUAUUCCAGGCAAUGUUCUAAUCAAAUGCUCACUCUUUGUGAUGCGCCUUGAUCGGGUUCUAGGAUUGUUCUGCUUAUAUAAAAAUAAAUUGGUAAAUCCCAUCUCAUUCAAGUUUCUUACGCAAAACCAUAUUAAAACUGCGGCUUCAAUACAGUCUGUAAGGAAUGGCGUGGUGCGCACUAGCUAGGGUAGGCUGGAGUGGGGGCUGGCUGGGCGAGCCCCUCGGGAUCUCCGCCACGCAGACCCCGGGUACUUGGCGGUGAUUAACCUGAAGGGCCAGUCUCACUCCGCCCACUGUUGUCGGAGGUUGGGUGACGAUUGGGGGCGGGGCCGGGCAGGGGGCUCCAGGGAGCCAACCCCGGGAGUCAGGCUCCGUAGUUGGGGGCCUGGCUUCCCGUGCCACCAAGAGGUGGCAGCGGUCGUACCACCGGCUUUGUGGCGUGCGCGGGUUCCACCGAGGGUGGCGUGGAGGCGGGGCCGGGUACAGCCGUCCACCGCGCCCCGCACUCGGCCGGGCCGCGGGUGCCCCGCAUGGCCAGCCCGGCGGGGUCUGGCUUUCCAGCGCGCACCAACAGCCGCCUGGACGCGUUCCUGCGGAGGCACCUGGCCCCCGAGGUCUACGAUGUCCGCGCCUACGAGCCGUGCAUUGUGGCGUCCGACUCCGAGAAGCACACCUUGAAGUACGUGGUCCUCAGCGACCGGCUCAUCUACCUGACUGAGAACCCGCCCAAGUCCAUCCGGCGAGUCGUGGCGCUGCGGGACAUUGUGGCCAUUGAGCUGAUUGAUGAUUACCCAGAAUUUUUGAGUCCACGAGACAGACAAACCAACCAACACAUUCGUAUCAUCUAUUCAACUGUUUUGAAAAAAGAGUGUGAAAAAUCAAAAGGUGUCUGGAAAUUCUUAUUUCCAUUUCAUCAUGCCAAGGCUAACAACAAAAAAGUGAAGGAAGAACAUAAUGGCCCUGUAUUUUGGAGAAGUAAAGAGACUAGAAGUCUGAAUAAAUCCUCUCUCAGGUACCACCGAGAGAGCAGCACACCAUCCAAGGACUCAACUCUCUGUCCUCCUUCAGACCUCAAGGCCCGCUCCCUUCUUGGCCAAAGUGCCUUCCGACCCUUACCUACCCCCUCUAGGAAGAGCUGUCAGUCCACAUCAGCCUCUGGCAAGGUUGUCAGUGUGCCAUCUUGCACGACAAACACAAAAGAACCCGAGGGACUUCCAGAUUACAAAGGCUCUCUAAGUGAAAUCCCUUUCAAGUGCAGUGGGAACGGAAAUGAGUUUUACUUAGGAAAUUCCUCGCUGGCCUCCCUUUUACAGCGCCAAGCAAACCGAGAGAAAAAGGAGUCAGAACUUCAUUUGUACAUUAUUUCCACAACGUCAUCAAUAUUUCUGCACUUAAAAAGUUCAUGGAACAAUUACAUCAUAAAAGCUACUCUUUUACAAGAGCCUCUGUAUGUUAGUGAGCUGAGUCCUGCUACUGGAGGCCACAAACCAUACAAAUCUGAGGAGAAAAUUAAGCACUUCAGUCAACUUAAAUCUGAACUUUUUCUUAAAGACAAUACUUUGAAGGAGAUACUUUGUUUAAUUACGGAACUUAAAGUAGCAGCCCAGAAAAACUUCAUUCUGAAACGACUUUUCUGGAAAACCAGUGACCUUUUCUAUUUCCUAGUGAACAAGCUUCAUGAGUACUUGCCCGAGUCUAGGGAUAAGAAUGCACUUCAAAAUAAAAGCCAAAGAGCUGAUGAGCUGGUGGCAUGCAUUGAAAUCAUACAGACUCUGGGAUUGAUGUUCAGAGAAACAGAAACUGAGUCAUCACGUCUGAACACAUUGGCAGCUAAGAAGGGAACACUAUUUAAUCUCUUGGUAAUUUUAACUAGCAAGCCCCAGAUUCCAAAAUCUUGUCCUGUGUUUGAUAUCCAGUUGAAGGCUGAUUCAACUUUCAUUGAGAUGGCUUUUGAUGCUGAGUUACAGAGGCUUAUCCUGGAAUAUACAAAUACAGCUACAGCACUUUUAUAUGAGAUACUUCUGGCCUUUCAGCAGGGAAAUCCUGGAUUGAGAUCAACCAAGUUUGCUAUUAGCUGGAUGAUGUCCUUUCUACAAAGUCGUCCCCCCACAAUUACUUUUGUGGCCAGUAUUGUGAAGCAAGUGGUGAAGGGGCUUUCGGCUUCAUUUCAGCUGCUAAGUCCCAGCCAGGCAGUUCUGUUUUACCAGCAGCUUUUCAUCCUCAAGAGCUGUCUGCAGUAUAGCAAGACGCUAGCUGAGUACAUCAGGAGUGACUACGGAGAAGAGUUCAGGUACUUUAUUCACAUGUCGGCCUUGGAACAAAGGCUCCCACGGUGUUACUCCAUCACCCAGCCUACCAUUCAACUUUUUCAUGAAGUUCUGAAAUUGGUUGAACAGAAAUAAUGUGUGAAAUGUUAGUAACUAAGUAUAAAAUGUUAAUUGGGAGUCAACUUAAUAUUUAUGAGAAACAGUUUUUGAUUUAUUUAGUACCUGGCCAUCUCUUGUCCUGUCAUCAAAGAUUGUAUUUGAAUGUUCCAUCAAUCCCUUUCUAAGAGAAGUCCUUAAAGUUUUUUAUCUGUCACAAAAAAGCUUUAAAUACACUGCACAUAUAAAGUGGUGCUAAACACUAGUGUUUCUCUAAAAAAAAAAGAGUUUCUAAAGACAUAAAAAACUAUAAAGGGAACAGAAGCCCGUGGAGAGCAAGUAGAGAAAGUGCAACCCGAUGAGAUCUGUUGGUGUAGUAACGGUGAGUGACUUGAAGCCACUGAAAUAUCCAAAGAUAAAUGGUUGUGGAGUAUAAACUACAAAGUGAUCAUUAGAGAAACGCUGAGCCAUAGGACAACACCCUCGUUCUCCACCUGUCAAAAUUCUAGUGACAUAAAUAUUCAUGGAAGAAUGAGCAGAAGAACACAGGCAUAAGAAGGUCAGUUCCUCAAGCAUCCUGGAGAAAGAUACUUGGACUUUCUUCAACAAAAUUAAGUGCAUUUUGCUACUCUGUUUCAGGCACCUGUGGGUUAACUCUCUUAGAGUCUCUAUAAAAGAGAAAUGGUCUAUAAACAGUUAUGCUCUCCCAACCAUUGAAAAAAAAAUGUCUUCACUAUAUCUUAUGGCAAUACACUAAUUGAACCCAACAAAACCUCAACUUUGGUAUCACUGAGAGCUAUUGAAUUUGGGCUUCUAAGAACUUAGGAACAGGACCCUCCAUUCGACUUAGCAUGAUUUGAGGUAGGAUCAGAGAGAAAUCCACCUCCCAAGCCAGAUUUGCCUACGUUGUGCAGUGGAGACAGAAUUAUACUCACUCAGGACAUCUUUUCUGUGGUUCUGCCUGAGCCUAACCAGCUAUGUGACCUUGACAACUCAUGUCUCCUUUCUGGGCCUCCUCUCCUGUGUGGAAGGACGGGACUAAGAGUUCUCCAAGUUCUCUGCCAGCUCGUAACGUUUUCUGCUGGUGAUAAGCCACUUAACACUAACCGACUAGUGCAUUCCUCUGCUACCCUGGCUCAGUGGAUGAUUGUGCAGUGGCUCCAAAUAAUCCUGCUUUUUUCGGAUCGAACAUUUCCCUUUCAGCAGUCACCAACAUCACUCUGCCAAGUGUCCAAGCCUUCUCCGCUGUCACCUAUCAAGGACGACAAGUCUUCUACUCUGCAGUCUGGGGGCCGCAAGGGGAGCCAAAUGGUGCUUAUGAGUGUCCUGGGCUGUUAGAUGGGGGACUGUGCCCAAAAGAUGAUCAAGCAGAAGAAUACGAAAAGAUUCUUGGGAAAACAGGCAAGCGACACUUCACACUGGACAAAUGACGGACAGUGGGUUGACUACUGGUGAAAGUGGAACCUAUCGAAGGACAAGGUACCAACUCAGUUCGUCUCAGCUUCCAAGCAGCGCCAGGGCUCUGGGCUAGCAGUGCAGGCUCUAGAGAGGGCUGCGGGUUUCUCUCCCAGGUGCCGUGUGGCCCAUGUCGCCUCUUCUCUCCCGCUGCUCUCUUUGCUCUGAGCACACACUUAUCUCAUCUCUGGGAGCAAAAGCUCUGUCACAAUGUACCUGACUCUUUCUAAGGCAGUAGCUCUUUUGGUUAAGUAUUUGUCACCUUGAUUUUCUUAUGAACAUGUCUAUUCAUUUGUACAGUCUGGAAGAGAGCGGACACCCAGAAAUGAAUGCUUUGAAAGGUUAUCCUGCCAUAGUGUCUUUCUUGUGUGUCUUCUGCAUUGUUGCCAAAGCCAAGAAAAUCACUAAAUAAUCCAUCUCUAUUAGUGGUCAGACACAGCUGAUUGACUAAACAUUGACCUCAACCACAAAAUAAUUAUUUUUCAGGAAACCUCACUGUAGAAAAAUUAUGAAUGUGAAAAUCACAUAAACACAAAGGAGCACCAAAAAGACAAGCACACAUGACCAGUUUUCAGGCUGGGUGCAAGAUUCUGGACUCUGACUACCUUUAUAAUACAAGCGUUGCCAUUUACUGCACCCCCACAAAUAGUACAGUCACAGCUGUACCAUUAAAAACAAACAUGUAUAUAAUAGGGGGUAAGAACAUGAGUUUUGAGGCCAAAAUGGUUGAAUUUAAAUCCUCUCUCUGCACUAGUUUUGGACCUUGGGAAGUUACUUAACAUCUCUAAGUGUCAGUGAAAGCAAAGAUAAUAUCACCUCUCCCACAGGGCUGUUAGGAGAUUUACAUGAAAAGGUGUUGGUAAAGCACAUAGUAUGGUGUCUGGCGUGUAGUGAGGAAUCAGUACAUGGGAUUCAUUAUUAUUAAAAUAAUAACCCAAACUGGUGAGACAUUAGAGAUUAGUAAGUACUGCCCUUAUUUUUUGGACCAACUUGGGGUAUAGCUAAUAUACUCAGAGAGCCCUUGAUCUAGAUAGCAUUGAAGAACAGAUUCACUUAGUUAUCAAAUUGAAAAUUCAGUUUUCCAUUAGCAGGCAUGUGAUUUAAUUGACAAGUGACCAUUUCUAUGCUCACCACCAUGAAGGGGCACCAUCACUGCAAGAGCGAUGUGGGAAGUACUCUUCCUGCGGGGAGACAGAAAGCUUUCCAGUCAUGUAAUCUUUUUUCCACCCUUGACUCAAACAGCUAAUUACUGAUAAAACCGAUGUAGCCAUUCUGUACUUACAGAGUUCCUCAUUGAUUCAUGGGGAGUGUCCAGAGGAGAUAAAUGAAGACUUUGUUCAUUUUACUGAAGUCUAGAUGAUUUAGAUACUAUGUAAAGAGGGGAAAGCUUGAAGUUCCUACAAUGGAUAAUGUAUUUGACAUAUUUCCAUUUGAACCUCACUCACUGGUAGCACCACUUUCAGUUGUCAUCUGGUCAGACUGUCAGACCAAGCACUCCUGUGUCUGUAGAGCUGUGUCUUUUGGAUCUGAAACUUUUCUCAUUGGGAAGGCAGCAUGACUCCCUGGCUAGAAAUGUGGGUAGUGGAACCUGCUGGCUUCGAGUAUAGAUCUCUGUCAGAAAGACCUUGUUUUGACUCCUGCCUGUCUACUUACUUGUCAUCAGACUUUUGGUAGGUUAUUUAACCUCUUUCAGAACUUUAUUUUAUCAAUUAUAAGACAAUA